GACUUUGACAUUAACAUAACCUUAACAUUCACCUGGUGUUUUGUUUGUAAAGUAUCUAAACAGUAAAAAUGAGCGAAGAAAAUGUGGAUAACAAUCCUAAUAAAAAGAGGUCGCGAAAGAAACGUAAGAACUUCUUGGCAAACGCUAAGAAAUAUGCGAAAAAGGGCCAGAUGGGACGCGGGUGUCGGAUUCCUGAAGAAUUAUACCAAUACUUUGUUGGCAUCCUCGAUGUCAUGAAACAGGGCAUCGAAGACAAGGAAGAGAGACAAAGUUUGGUCAACAAUGUAUUAGAUCGGACAAAAGACGAAGAAUUAAACGUAAUUGGUAAUCAGCUUGGCUGCAGGGUCAUAGAACUGUUACUCCCAUUCGCCUCCCCUGAAGAUCUGGAGAGGUACAUGGAAGUUGUAUCACCGGAACUCCGUAAACUGUGUUCCGAUAACUUUACCAGCCAUGUCAUAGAGACAUUAUUAAGAGUGUCUUGUGAAAGAGCUACAGAACAUUUACAAACCAGUCCUGAGGAGACAAAGGAAGAAGAAGAGGUUCCUAAAAAGAAGCGUAAAGUAGAAAAAACAGAACCGAAGUAUGAACAAGAACACAUACAAAAAUGUCAUGAAUUCACACUAAAAAUCUCCAAAUACGCACUAAAUAACCUAGAAGAGUUUGUUUGGGACAAAACCGCAAAUUAUAUUCUGCGUAGUGUAGUAAAAUGUUUAAGUGGCAUCACAUUACUGCCUGGAGAGAAACCUAAGGUCAACAUAUUUAAACAAACAGUUGACGAUGGGAAAGGAAUACCGCCGCAUACCAACACAAUGACGUACAAAGCGAUUCCUGAAGAGUUCAAACCUUUAGUCAAGGACUUCGUAACCCGUUUAUCAUCAUGGCCUCAAUUUAAAGACUUGCCGUUCCAAAACACAACAUCAGGUCUUCUCCAAGUAUUGUUGUAUGCUAUUAAAAAUGUUGACAAGAAUGCUACGAAGGAGAUUCUACGGGAUCUAUUGGACAAGUGCUUUGCCCCUGAGGAUUGGGUGGCUGAAGGUGAUGAUGAUAAGAAGGAGGUGAAGGAUGGUGAUGGCAAUCCUGCGGUGUCAAGUGAUUUGCCACCAGUAUUUCAAUCAGAAGCUGCUGUGAGGCUACUGGAAGCGGCUCUCUUCGUGUCCAAGAAGAAGACCUACACGCAGAUCUACGCGCGCUGCUUCAUCAACCGGCUGGGGCAGCUGGCCGCCAUGCCCAUGCUCAACUACACCGUGCAGAGGCUCAUCGAUAACUGUGAUGUUAAGGAAGAGUUCGAGCCUAUGUUUGAGGAGCUCUCCGACAAGCUGGGCGCGCUGCUGGCGUGCGGCAACACCGGCGUGCUGGUCGCGCUCGCCAAGGCCUGUCUCAGGCUCAAGGCCAAGCAGGCGCAGUAUAUCAAUAGUCUAGAGACCGCUCUGAAGUGUUCAUCCCCGGACCUCCAGAAGUACUUCUCAGUGCUGUGCCUCCGCCUGCUGCCGGCAGACCGCGUCGACCUCACUACCCUGGAUAAGGAGUACUUCAUCAACGUCCACGGAUCUGUUAUACUUCAGUGUAUACUUGAUUUUCAGCGUCCAGCAAAAGCAGUCCAAGGUCUUCUGGAGUUGACUCCGGAGCAGCUGAUAGUGAUCCUGUGCGACGCUAAGGGUUGUCACGUGGGCGACGCGCUCGCGAGGGGGCAGUGCGUCGGAGUGAAGGCGCGGGACAAGCUUAUAUGGCGGCUUAAGGGUUACUACCAGAAGAUAGCGCUUUCCCAAUAUGGAUCAAGAGCUUUCGAACAAAUAUUCCAAGUGGCCUCACCUGAGCAAAAGAUCAAGAUCAUGACAGAGCUAGCAGACAAGAGCAACCUCCUGAACAGCACGACCUACGGGAGACUCAUCGCUACGAAACUAGAUGUCGCCACUUUCAAACUGUCGCAAAAGAAGUGGGAGGAGAGUUGGAAGAAGAAAGAGAAGGAAAAUAAAUAGUUGUGUUACA